UUAGUGUGUCUUAAUACUUUUCGCCAUCUUAGAAGUAUGCUAUUUUUUCCCAUAUUAUCACGUUAAUGUUAGCAUGCUAAAGUUUAAUGCCUGCAUUUUAGCAAAUUGUAUUCGUUUAAAUCUAAAAUUUGCAAAUUUUGAAAGUUUUUGAUACUUUUUAAUGAUAUUCGUGGAUUUUGAUACUUUCCGCCAUCUUAGAAGUAUGCCAACUUUUUUCCAUAGUAUCACGCUAAUGUUAGCAUGCUAAUGUUUCAUUCUUGCAUUUUAGAAAAUUGUAUUUUUCUCAAACCUCAAAUUUGUGGAUUUUGAAACUGUUUGAUGCUUUUUGAUGAAAUUUUUUAUUUUGAUAUUUUCCGCCAUCUUUGAAGUAUGCUAACUUUUCCCAUAUCAUCAUGCUAAUGUUUGCAUGCUAAUGGUUCGUGCUUGUAUUUUAGCAAAUUUUAUUAAUUUAAAAGUAACAUUUAUGGAUUUUGAUAGUUGUUGAUGAAAUUUGUGGAUUUUGAUACUUUCCGCCAUCUUUAAAGUAUGCCAACUUUUCCCAUAGUAUCACGCUAAUUUUAGCAUGCUAAUGUUUCAUUCUUGCAUUUUAGCAAAUUUUAUUUUCCUCAAACCUCAAAUUUGUGGAUUUUGAAACUUUUUGAUGCUUUUUGAUGACAUUUUUGUAUUUUGAUAUUUUCUACCAUUUUAGAAGUAUGCUAACAUUUCCCAUAUUAUCACGUUAAUGUUAGCAUUUUAACCUUUUUUUUGUUUGUUUAAAACUAAAAUUUCGGGAUUUUGAUAAGCUUUGAUACUUUUUGAUGAAAUUUGUAGAUUUUGAUACUCUGCCAUCUUAGAAGUAUAUUAAUUUUUCCUAUGUUAUCAUGUUAAUUUUGGCAUGCUAAUGUUUCAUGCUUGCAUUUUAGCAAAUGUUAUUCGUUUAAACUUAAAAUUGGUGGAUUUUGUUACUUAUUGAUAGUUUUGGGUGAAAUGUGUCGAUUUUGAUACGUUCUGCCAUCUUACAAGUAUGCAAACUUUCCCAUAUUAUCAUGUUAAUGUUAGCAUGCUAAUGUUUCAUGCUUGUAUUUUAGCAAAUUUUAUUCGUUUAAACCCAACAUUUGUGGAUUUUGAUACUUUUUGAUGAAAUUGGUGGAUUUUCAUACUUUCCGCCAUCGAAGAAAUAUGCUAAAUUUUCCUAUGUUAUCAUGCUAAUGUUAGCAUGCAAAUUGUUCAUGCUUGUAUUUUAGAUAAUAUCAUUAGUUUAAACCUAAAAUUUGUGGAUUUUUGAUACUUUUUGAUUAAAUUCGUGGAUUUUGAUUGUCUCUGCCAUCUUAGAAAUAUGCUAACUUUUCUUACGUUAUCAUGUUAAUGUUAGCAUGCAAAUUGUAUUUGUUUAAAACUAAAAUUUGUCGAUUUUGAUACUUUUUGAUACUUUUUGCCAUCUUGCAAGUAUGCUCAAUGUUCCCAUUAUAACAGGCUGAGGUUAGCAUCUUAAAAAAAAAGGAAUGCUAAUGUUUUGUGCUGUUAUUUGUGCUAAUUGUGUUUGUUUGAGCCUAAACAUCCCAGAUUUGGAAACUUGGAGCCAUCUCGGACUAAUGCUAACUUCUCCUAUUGUUAGCAUGCUAAGGUUUAUGUUUAGUUUUGUGGUGCGUUCAGGGGAGCCUCACAAAUUCAACGCUUCCUUCAGAGGUCCUGUGCACAAAAGACGCUGUACUGAUGUCUUCUGUUGUUUGCUCUUCAUCUUGGUCCUUAUUGCCUACGCCGGCCUGGGGCUGGUCGCAUGGCUACACGGCGACGUCCGGAAGCUUCUCCGCCCGGCUAACAGUUUUGGCGAGUUUUGCGGGCAGAAGGGGACGUCGAAUGCAAAGAAGCCAAAUGUUUUCUACUUCAACAUCUUCGAGUGUGCUGGUCCUGCCUUGCUCAUCAACCUGCACUGCCCAACAACUCAGAUUUGUGUGUCCGAGUGUCCUGACCGACUCGCGACCUAUUCUGAGAUGCAUCUCCAGCACCAACUCGGCAACUCUUCCUGGGAUUACUACAAGGACUUCUGUAAACCUGGCUUCGAUCAUCCUGAGAAGGCAGUGACUCAGGUCCUGAGAGACGAGGACUGUCCCGCCAUGAUUGUGCCAAGUAGACCAUAUCUGCACAGGUGUCUCCCAGAUGUCCUCAGUCUGAAUAAGACCAAGUCCAAAGACCUUCUUGGAACCACACAAAGUGUCACCGACCUCCAAAACCUCGCCAAACAACUACGAGGACUAGUGGACACUCAGCAGUUAGGACAGGAGAUAGUGGAAGAUUUUGCCCAGUCGUGGCCUUGGAUUCUUGUAUGUCUGCUGAUGUCCUGGUUCUUCAGUCUGCUCUUCAUGGUGCUGCUCAGGUUCACCGCCCAGCUGCUGCUGUGGACCACCGUCCUGGCCGUCACACUCCUUCUGUCCUACGGUCUGUGGUUCUGUGCCUUGGAGUUGACCCGGCUGACACGGAACCAAGGUUCUGAGGUGUCCGUGGUGGAAGUGGGCCUGCAGACGGAUGUCAAAGUCUAUCUCCACCUGAAGCAGACCUGGAUCCUUUUACUGGUGUUGCUGGGAGCGACAGAGGUGUCCAUGGUCCUGCUGCUGCUGGUGAUGAGGAGGAGAGUCCAGCUGGCCGUGGUCCUCCUCAGAGAGGCCAGCAGAGCCAUGUGUCACACCAAGUCCACUAUGGUCUACCCAGUCCUCACCUGUCUCUCCUUGGCCUCCUGCCUCUGCUACUGCGCCCUCACCGCCUUGAACUUGGCGUCCUUGGGUCAUAAAGUCAUGUCUCCGGACAACAACAGCACCUGUGACCCGGAGCCGCAGAUGCUGAACAGAAGCCCCGCCCCCAAGCAGGUGUGGUGUGUGCACGGCGACUACCAGCGCUACCUGGUCCCGCUGCAGGUGUGCAACCUGCUGGUCUUCCUCUGGUUGGCCAACUUCAGCUUGGCCCUGCAACAGUGCACCCUGGCCGGAACCUUCUCCAGGUACUACUGGACCAGGAGGACCCCCUGCCCCCGGCCCCGCCCCCUCUUGUCCUCCUUCGGCAUGGCGCUCAGGUACCACACGGGAUCCUUGGCCUUCGGGGCUCUCGUCAUCUCGGUCCUCACCUUCUUCCGGAUCCUUCUGGAAUACCUGGAGCGCAAAAUGAAAGGUUUAAAGAGCAGCGUGUCCAAGUUCUUCUGUUGCUGCCUUCAAUGUUGCUUCUGCUCUUUGGACACAUUCCUCUCUUACAUCAACUCUAACGCUUACAUCAUGAUGGCGAUCUAUGGCAAGAGUUUGUGCCGCUCGGCCAGAGAAGCCUUCUGCCUCCUCAUGAGGAACCUGCUCAGGGUUGCAGUGGUGGACCGCGUCACGGACUUCCUGCUGUUCCUGGGCAAAGUCCUGGUCUCAGGAGGAACCGGUGUGCUGGCAGGACUGUUCUUCACGGGGAGACUCCCUCUCCUCCAGGACCACGUCCCCGGUCUACACCGCUCCCUGCUGCCCACGCUGACGGUGGUGGCGGGAUCCUACCUGGUCGCCCACGGCUUCUUCAGCGUCUACCAAACCUGUGUGGACACCUUCUUCCUCUGCUUCUGUGACGACCUGGAGAGGAAUGACGGGAGCGCAGAAAAGCCUUACCUCACGUCCCCAGACUUGCACAGGAUUCUGGAAAAAUCCCGGCGGUCCCACUGAAAAGCAUGAGCCCCAACCACGAUGGAGAAUCCUGGGGGGGGGACACUCCUCCUCUCUCAAGAGGUACCAGCACCCGGACCAAGGGACGUGCACAAAGUUAACUUGCGGUUUCGAUCCGUAGCCCAGGCGGGACUGAAUCAUGGACAACAAGCUAAGGACUAUUUUUUGAGACUGUUUAGAAGUAUGUGCAGCAAUAAAAACUUUUGUAAUACGACGCCAACAUGACGAUGUGACAGUCACAUAAAUAUAUGUCUUAGGGCUUGUCGCGAUUUUUAUUUUGAACGAUCCUUAAUCGAUUAAAAAUAUCAACUUUUUUAAAAAGUUCUGAUUUUUGAAUUAUUUUCCUAGAUUGUGUCUAUAAAUUGAUUGAAGAAAUGCAUUAAAACACUUUUAAACUGUAAUAUCUGACACUUUUAAAGCAUCUUGCAAAGUUUUAAUGGUUAAAAACAGCUGCCAUUUGGGGGAAUAUCAAUCAAUCAAUCAAUCAAUGUUUACUUAUAUAGCCCUAAAUCACUAGUACCCCGGGAGAGUCUCAUACAGGUGUCGACACACCUGAUGGUAUCAAAAACGUUUACAGUGGUGGUGACACACGGUUUUUAUGAGUUAAUAUCCACACAAAAAAAAAAAAAAAAAAUCUCGCAAAGAUUAAAUGGAUAAUAUCUGCUAUUUGGGGGAAUACCCCGGGAGAGUCUCAUACAGGUGACGAUACAUCUGAUGGUAUCGUAUACUUUUACAGUCUUGGUGACACGCGGUUUUUAUGAGUUAAUAUCCACACACAAAAAAAUAAAAAAAUCUGGCAAAGUUUUAAUGGUUAAAAACAGCUGCCAUUUGGGGGAAUACCCCGGGAGAGUCUCAUACAGGUGACGACACACCUGAUGGUAUCGUAUACUUUAACAGUGGUGAUGACACACGGUUUUUAUGAGUUAAUAUCCUCACAAAAAAAAAAUCUUGCAAAGUUUUAAUGGUUAGAAACAGCUGCCAUUUGGGGGAAUACCUCGGGAAAGUCUCAUACAGGUGUCGACACACCUGAUGGUAUCAAAAACGUU